AUGAACGAGGCUGAAGAAGAUGAAAGAUGUGCUAAACACAAGAUAUUUUUAAAUGCUGUUUGUCUAACUUGUAACAAUAUGAAAUGUUGUUAUAAGUGCUUCAAUGUUAACAACUCUCAUUUUAACCACAACUCCUUGUUUUUAAGUGAGUGUGACUAAUAUUAUUCCGAUGAUAUGUAGAUUAUUUAAGAAUAACCAUCCAGCUAAUUUGAUGAUUAGAAUUAGUUAAAAGAAAAGAAAAAGGUGUUUAGCAAGUAGUUAAUCAAUAAGGCAAACUAAGAUAGUUCAUCAAAUCUUACAAAUCAAAUUAAGACAUACAGAAUGCAAAUUGACGAUUUAUGCAAGCAAAUCACUGAAUAAGUUUGGAACUAUAGACAAAAAUUCAUUUAGUAUAUGGACUCAAAGCUAAAAGAGUAUAAUGCAUUUAUACAAGUGGAAUAGGGAUCACAAAUAACUUCUGAAAUGAUUAUUAUGAGAAAUGAGUUAGAGAAUUUCAUCAAUAGCUUGAAAAAUCAGAUUAAGAGUAUUGAUACUUAGAAUUAGCAAAAAUAAAACGAAGUAUAGCCACUACCAUGCAGUUGCAGCUAAGCAAUUUCAAUAAUAAACAAUAACUACUCUCAAAAUAAUGCAUUCACUCAUUUUAACAAUGGAAAUUACUUCACCAACGAUGAAGAUUUACCACUAUUUUCUAAUUCUUCUCCAUCUUGCUAUUCUAUUUCAUAUUCUUGCUCAUCAUCAAGCGCAUCUUCUCCAUCUCCAUCUUCUUAUUCAUCAUCUUCUCCCUAUUACUAUAACUCCUACCAAACUCAAAAAAUAAUUUAGAACCAGUAUCAUCCAAACACAAUAUUUAGCUAAAAGCAUCAUUAAAGAAACAAUGAAUAAAUGUUAUCAUAGUAGUUUACAGAAAAAAAUGCUAUGAAUAAUCUCUGCAAUCAAAUGCAUUUUAAUAUCUACGAAAUGCAAUACCACCAACAUCUGUCUACCUGCCCUAACUACUAACUGCAAAAGCAAAUUAGUGAAAAUCAAAUGCAAAUCUAUUCUUAGGCUAUAUAAUAAAAAUCUAUUUAGAACUAGAUAGAACCCAAGUAACUAAGUUAAAUAUUUAUUAUUCUGACUAAUGGGAAAAGCUUACCAUUAUAAUUCAAUAUUUCCUCUUCUGUCCUAUAAAUAAAAAUCCUUAUUUUUGAAAAAACCGGAGUUCCACCUCUAGAACAAAAGCUCUUUUACUACACAAAGGAACUUCAUAAUUAUACAGCUAUGAAGGAAUAUUAGAUUCCUCGAGACUGCUCAAUUAAGUUAUAUAUAAGAUCUUUUUAUCAAUAGCUAUAGAGUAUUUCUAAAAAUCAAUCAACUUAAAAUACAAAAUCUUACGAUGACAGUUUCGAUUCCUCAAAUUAAUAAUUUUCUUUAUAAUUUAACAAGCAGUUUAAAAAUAAUUAAAACUAAAUUGAAAGUUAAUUUAAUUUGAUAUAAUCACAUUGUGACGACUUUGAUUUUGAUAAUACGUCUAUGAUCCCUGAUUCCCAAUGCUUAAAUAGUACCAAAAAGAUGUCUUUCCAAAACAAUCAAUAACAAAACUCUUAUUUAGAUAAAAAUUAAACAAUGAAUAGCUUUUUUUAUGAAAAUAAUUCAAAUCAAUAAAACAUUUUUAUUUACUCUUGA